CACCCAUGCUCGUCAGAGAUCGAGGUGGAAAAAGAGUAGGCGGUGGAUUUCCACCGGGGGCUGGCCACGCUAUAGCCCAGGGACUACCGGACUUUCUAACUGAGACGGGGCCUGGUAUUAUCUGUUGAACAUAACAUCAUAGGUAAGGGAAUCUUGAAUCUCGGUUACGUACUGACUGAAGUCAUCGCCGUUUCAGUUGCCCCGUUUACUUUCUGCAACUACCCAAAACUUCCCUUCCACUGAUCUCAUUAUCAUUAUCAAAACCUCAAAUUCAAUUACAUCUCAUUAUCAAAACCUUAUAAUUUCAACUUCACCAAGUUUUUCAAUGACUGAACCGGAGGUUGACGAGUCAACGACUUGGGAAUCGGUCCUGCGCAGAAUGUUACCCGCCGGCGCUCCAUUACCCGACGAAGACCACCUCGACUACUCCAUUGCCGUCGAAUACGAUGGUCCUCCUGUCCCCUACGCCGUCCCCGAAAUCGACCCUGUCGACGUGGACUCCAUCUCCGUUAAAAUGCCUUCCAUUAUAUCCGAUUCCACUUCCACUUCUACCCCUAUUAUUCCCGUUAUUUCUUCCGUUAUCCCCAAGUUCAGCGGACGCAGAAACGUUAAUUUAAAGAGCAGCAAUGGCCGGAGAUCGUCGUCUUCGGUUUUCAAAACCCGAUCCGAAGAAUCGGAUUCGGGUCAUUUGGUCCGAAGAGCAGGUGUUGAAACAAGAAGACUCAACACGGUGUUGUUUGAGACCGAAUCAGAGUCUCCUUGGCCGAACCACACACCAUCUUCUUCUCCGGUGAUGGGACCCACUAGGAGUGAAGGGGAGAGUAGGAGAAGGAGAGGGGUUUGUAGUAGAUGCGGUAGAGGGAAUAGGAUGAAGCAGAGAGAGCCGUGCAUCGUGUGUGUUGCGAGUUACUGCAGUAACUGUGUGGUCAAGGCUAUGGGGUCGAUGCCGGAGGGGAGGAAGUGUGUGAACUGCAUUGGGCAGCCGAUUGAUGAGGCCAAGAGGUUGAGUUUGGGGAAGAAUUCGAGGAUUUUGGAAAGGGUGUGUAGUCCACUGGAAGUUAAGCAGAUUCUGAAGGCUGAGAGGGAGUGUUGGGCUAAUCAGCUUCGCCCUGAACAGCUUGUGGUUAAUGGGAGGCUGCUAAGGGAAGAGGAGUUGGCGGUAGUUUUGGGGUGUUCUGUUCCUCCACAGAAGUUGAAGCCUGGGAGCUACUGGUAUGACAAGGACUCGGGGCUUUGGGGGAAGGUGAAAAACUGAAAAAUAUAAUUUAUCUUGGUGGUUUUGUAUGGUACUUUAAUAAAUUUUAUGUAGAGUCUUAGCAACUCCAAUUGUGAUUUUUUCUAUUACCAAUAUUUCAAAUUUGUUUCUAAAUGUUCUAUUACAAACUUUCGUCCUAAUAAUUAAUGGAAAUGG